AUGCGUGGCGAUCCACGUGGACACGCGAGGUUGGGUUCGGCGGAAGGUUCGCGCCGGCUGGUUUGUCGAAGCGCGUUGCUGGAAGACGAGUCGGACGGAGAAAGCACCAGGGAAUCACCGGCACUGAAGAAAGCAGUGCCGGGUGCCAAGCCAGGGAGCAGCAAGAGCUGGCAGGAGACCACCGCGUCGGCUGCUGCUGUAGCCGCCCUUCUUGACAGCGCGGCAGGCGGCAGCGUAGCAGAAAAGGCCUCACCUGCGUUUGCUUCGAGUGCUGCUGCUACAGGCAGCUCUGCUACAGCCGGUGCUGCAGGUGGGGCCGCUACAGGCGGUGCGUCAGCAGCAGGGCCGGCGGCAGCAGUGGUGGGCGAGUUCUGCAUCAUCGAGGGGCCGGACGCGCUGCAGGACUUUGCUCGCAUGCAGCUCACUGAGAUCCGCGACAACAUCACCUCCCGCCGCAACCGCAUUUUCCUGCUGCUGGAAGAGAUUCGCCGGCUACGCAUUCAGCAGGAGAUCAAGAACGCCGAGGAGAGCCGCAACAGAGCAGCAGCAGCGGCCGCACGGGCGAAGCUGGGGGGACUGCCAGGAGAGGAGGAGGAGGAGAUGCCCGAAUACCCCUCGUCCAUCCCGUUCCUUCCUCCCCUGAAAACGGAUACUCUGAAGGAGUACUACAUCACGUUCGCCUUCCUUGUUGCCAGCCUCAUCAUCUUUGGUGGCCUUGUGGCGCCCACUCUGCAACUGCGUCUGGGCAUGGGUGGCACGUCCUAUGAGGAUUUCAUUGCCAGCAUGCACCUGCCCCGCCAGCUCAGCCAAGUGGAUCCCAUAGUGGCUUCCUUCACAGGGGGAGCAGUGGGCGUGCUGUCAGCGCUGCUGGUGGUGGAGGUGAACAACGUGAAGCAGCAGGAGCACAAGCGCUGCAUGUACUGCCAUGGAUCGGGCUACUUGGCGUGUGCCCGCUGCGCUGCCACAGGGUCGCUGAUUGACGUGCAGCUGGAGGGGGAGGGGUCAGCAGACGGGGGUGCUGCCAAUGGAGCGCUGGCAGCAGCAGGAGGAGCAGGGGGGGCGGUUACCACUGCUCGGCGGCAAGGCAUGAAGGUGGCCAAGCGGUGUCCCAACUGUGCUGGUCUACGCAAGGUCAUGUGCCCUACUUGCUUGUGCACGGGGAUGGCACUUGCCACAGAGCACGAUCCGCGUAUCAAUCCCUUCGAGUGA